CCUGACCCUACUCAAAAGUCAAAACUCAAAAACCUCCCAUAAACCCUGGUUUAGUUCUGUCUUUGGUCCCUAGAAACCAUGGGAGAAGAACCAGACCAGGAACAGGAACACAUUUCUCCCACAGAAACCAUUCAACAAGACUACAUAUGGCCUGCAUUUAGAUAUGAUUUGUCUCCACAAGGAACCCACCAUUUCUUUAAACAAUUCCGGACCACUUCUUCAAACUCUUAACAAUUUCCUUAAAGGCAUUAAAUGGUCUCUAGACGGGUCCUGUUUUUUAACAAGUUCUGAGGAUAAUACCCUGUGUUUGUUCUCAAUACGAGAUAAUGGUAGUGGCUGUGAUGCUGAUGGGUGUUGUUUACCUACUGAUGAAGAUUCAUAUGAUGCAAAUCUUGUUGUGAAGGAAGGGGAAUCCGUGUAUGACUUCUGUUGGUAUCCAUAUACGACUGCUUCAGCUGCGUUGACAUAUCGUGCUUAUGAUGCUGUGGAUGAAAUUACUGCUGCCAUUUCUCUUGCAUUUAACCCAGCUGGGACUAAGUGAGAACAUUCUUUUUGAAAGGUUUAUCAGUUGUUCAACUAGGCUAAGAUAUGAGGAUAUUUGCUGGAUACAAUAAAUCUAUCAGAAUCUUUGAUAUACAUCGCCCUGGUAGAGAUUUUGCACAGUAUUCAACUACUCAAGGAAAUAAAGAAGGGCAACCAGGUAUAAUAUCUGCAGUUGCCUUUUCUUCAACUCACACCGGAAUGCUAGCUACUGGUUCUUACAACCAAACAAAUGCAAUCUAUAGGGAAGACAGUAUGGAACUCUUGUACAUUUUAUAUGGCCAAGAAGGUGGGAUUACACAUGUUCAAUUCUCAAAGGAUGGAAACUAUCUUUAUACUGGAGGCAGGAAGGACCCCUAUAUCUUGUGCUGGGAUGUACGGAAAGCUGUUGAAGUUGUGUACAAAAAAGUGUUUAUUUAUGAUCUACAAAAUGGGCAGUGGAUUUCAGGAUUUCAGGCUGCAACAGACACUGUUAAUGGUUUCUCUUUCCACCCAUUCCUUCCUAUGGCGGUCUCUUCAUCAGGGCACCGAUGAUUUCAAAUUCCUGAUGAUUGUGACGAGAAUUUGCACUUGACUAGUUACGAAAACUGUGCAUCUGUGUGGAGUUUCUCCUGUGCUUCAAUGGAAGAGGAUGACACCAACAUCCCCGAUGGUGAUUUUACUCGAUCUGAAAAUGAAAUCCUCCACCAGGAUCAUUGAGUCGCUCCUCGGUGACCUUAUGUCGAUACAUCUCAUGUCAAUACUCCUGUAAUUAAUAGAGACAAGCACCACUGGCCUGAAUAUUGUACAUCCUACCAUUCAAUAGAAACCAAUACUUUCAUUGA